AUGCCACAGCUGCUUCCUGUGGAACCGACGAGGACUCAGGCUAUCGGAGUGCUCGUUGGGACAUUUUCCAUGUUUGUUGUGGGUGUUUGGGCCUUCUCCGGUGGACCAUUGACAGGGAUACGAGUUAUAGAUGCCAUACUUCUAGAUAGUCAUUACAAGUACCUGGCACCUCUGUUCAUCCCUUGGACGGCGUACUUCGUGAUCGCCAACUGGGUGGGCUUUCAGUAUUAUCGCAACUCCUGA